AUGCUUGGCCAGCGUAGUAUCCUUGCAAGCUGCGUUGCCCUCUUGGGCGCGCAAUCAGCUCUUGCAAGUCCGCAACCCGAAUCUCCAGCAGUGGGCCGGGCCGAUGGCUCGACUGUAGUCCAUACCAGCGUUAUCUUUCACCAGCCUAGAUUGGAGGAGGCAGAAACUUUGUUAUUGGAAAUAUCCAAUCCCCAAUCCGAUAAGUUUGGACAGUAUCUGGAUCGGCAGGCCCUGGAGGAGCUCUUUGCUCCGAGUGAAGAGUCACAGCGAAAGGUUUUGGAAUGGCUCGAAAGCGCUGGUAUAGAGACAAAGCAAGCACGUCUUCGCAAAGCAGGCGCCAGUAUUGAAUUCCCCGCCACAAUCAGCCAGAUGGAAGGCCUUUUGAAGACAGAAUACCAGAUGUCUCAUGAUAGCCGUACCGGCAAGCGUCAGUUAACUAGCUCUGCGCACAUUAUUCCCAAAGGACUGGAGGAUCAUGUGCAUUUUGUUACAGUGACAGCAGGAGCGCCGGUUGAGCCCAACAAACCGAACCUAAAACGCAGAUCGCAGCCCAGCGCUGUCUCCCCUCUGGCGUUGCGUGACACGCACACUCCUACGGACUUGCGCAAUUGCAGUCUCAGUUGGACUCCGUCGUGUAUUCGUGAUCUAUAUGGCAUUCCUCUCGGCACUGAGGCCGCGCCCAACAAUUCCAUGGGAAUUUUCGGAUAUGGUGACGCCUAUAACCAAGCCGACCUUGACAACUUCUGGGGAAAAUACGUCGAGUUCAUCCCUCAGGGGACAGCCCCUACCGUGAACAGCAUCAACGGAGCCACGGCACCCGGCCCGAGGGUCGAUGGUGAGCAAAUACUUGAUCUGCAGAUGGCAUACCCCAUUGUGUGGCCGCAAGAAGUGGUGGUCUUCCAAACCCCAUACAACAAUCGCGGUGGCAUCGGCAAUGCUUUCCUAGACGCAGUCGAUGCGGAAUACUGCACCUUUGACGGAGGAGACGAUCCCGUUCUGGAUGUGACUUACCCGAUAUUCGGAGGAUGGCAGGGCCCGGCCAUGUGCGGCACCUACAACGUUACGAACGUGGUUUCGAUAUCGUAUGCGCCUGAUGAAAAAGACCUGACCCCACAUUACGUUCAACGGCAAUGUACCGAGUGGAUGAAGUUGGCCUUGCGUGGCGUAACGGUCCUCGUGGCCUCGGGGGAUACGGGAGUUCAAGGUGGUAUGGGAUGCAUGCUAGGUCCUGGAGGCGUGACAUCGUUCAGCCCCCUUUUCCCGGGCAGCUGUCCGUACGUUACGGCAGUAGGUGCGACACAAGUGGACUUUAACGGAUCCGAAGCACAAGAAGUCGCAGUAUACGACCCUAAGCACAAUUUCUACUCUGGAGGAGGCUUUAGUAAUGUCAAUGCCCAGCCGGCGUACCAGAAAGAAGCAGUCGCCAAAUAUUUCAGCGCGCACGAUCCCAAAUACCCCGAGGGUACGUACAACAAAUCCGGGCGCGCCUUUCCCGACGUUGCACUGCUCGGAGCGAAUGUCACGAUCUCGGAUCGGAUGGAGAUCGUAGUGAGUGGUGGUACCAGUGCGGCUGCUCCACUGUUUGGUGCCAUGAUCAAUAGGAUCAACGAUGAACGUCUCCUGGCGGGAAAGAAGCCGAUAGGUUUUCUCAACCAGAUAUUGUAUCAGCACCCGGAAGUCUUCACUGACAUUACCGUCAACAAUAAUCCUGGCUGUGGUACGGAAGGCUUCCAGGCGGCAGAAGGGUGGGAUCCGGUGACUGGACUGGGUUCACCCAAGUUUCCAGCACUAAGGGAUCUGCUUGUGAAUCUGCCUUAG